AUGCCGCCGUUGUUCUUAUUCGUGAAUAAGGAUGCUGCCAGUCCUUCGUUAACCCGCAGCAACGCUGCUGAACAAACUUCCAUCAACUCUCAUGUCCAGCGUGGCCGUCGACAUAGACGCUCCGCCACCAGUGCCAGCCGCGCUGGUAACACGGGCAGGAGAACUCCCGGCAAGGAGAAGACUACUGACGCGAGCGACCCAGUUCUGCUAGACCCUGAUCUGAAACUGUAUCCAUCUCAGCACAUUGUCAACCACGCAGUAGUGGAUGCUCCGGAGGCUCUUGUUUCCUCAGAAUCUGUUCUGCCAUCCAAGGCGGCGACCCUCCAUGAUGGCGUCGGUCACCAUACGGACCUGCCGGCUCGCCCAUCCCCACGCCGCAAAGCUGCGGAAGUGACAGUCUCGAAAAGUCCUGUACCAAGAGUUCGUGCUGAAAGGAAACCCUCUGCUACAAAGAGAGAGAAGCAAUCACCUCAAUUCCCCGUCUCCGGGAAAUCAAUCGUGCUCCUGAAUUCCCCCCCAACGCUGACUAGUCCUCGAGAUAUCAGUCAGGUCACUUCCUCGUCCCUGGACCCGUUUGGCCAGUCGGUUGUCAAACUCGACUCGCACGUCGCCAAACUCUGUCGCUACUUCUGCGAAAGCUUCCACCCCAGCGUCUGGCAUGCAGAGAGCUGGGCGUCACGGGAACACUCUUACACGUAUCAGACAUCGGCGAUAGAGGUCAUACAACGGGCCAUGCAGAGCGAGGUGGAGAUGAAUGCAAUGUUGGCCUGCAUGGCCGCAAGAAUUGAAAACGUGGAUUUGGUGCCUGGCCAGGGAACGGACAGAUAUAUGGGCAAUGCCUUGGUGGCGGUGAGGAAACGGUUCAGCUCAGCCCCGAAGCAUCAAUUGCUUUUGAUUGUCUUCCAUCUCUAUGCAGCCGAUGCUUACCGCCAGAACUAUCAGGCGGCCAAGAUACACAUGCAGGCGGCAAAAGCUCUGUUCGACUCAUGGGGCGGCCUCGACUACGUACCUGACCCCGCGCUGAAAGAGUUAUUCAUCAUUGGUGACGGCCACAUGUCUGCUGUUCUCUUGGAGCCUUGCAGUCUACCCUGUGAAAAUGACCCUGGCCCGUAUUGGAUGGUUACGGCCCCUGAGCUUCAGCUUGCGCCUCAGCAAGACCUGAGCAGCAUUGCACCAAGCUUCCAGGGACUCUGCCGUGAAGGUUAUUUGCCGGAAGAACUGGUUGAAGCAAUCCAAGAGACAGCGGAAUGCACGUGGGUAUUAAUGUACGCCCCGUAUGGAGCACCAGAUGCGUCGAAACACGCAGCCAGAUGGCUCCAAUGGCGACACGCAGCUGUAAGAUAUCGACUUCUCGCAAUGGAUUAUACCGGAUCAAGUCUCGACGCGAUUCGAGUUGGAUUAUUGAUGUGGAUACUGACAUCAAUGGUGAUCCUUGGCCUAAAGCGCCUAGGAGGCUUGAUUGCGCCGAAGUUGCGCAAGAUCCUGUGGUCCGUCGAUGAGCCGCGUCUCCAAUGGGAAGGUCUGGUGCAAGCCAAGACUUGGGUCCUUACCAUUGGCGCUAUGUGCUCGAUGAUUGGCAGUGAAGAAGAACGGUGGUUUGUCGAUCAGUUGUUCGAGGUCGGCUUUGCUGAGCAUAUCCGACGAAUUCGGGAGACUCACCUGGAGCUGGACACGGGUGAUGUCCUGAGGAAUUUCCAGGCAAACUACUUUUAUUACGAUGCCAUCCAGAGGCCGAGAUUGGAAAGGCUAGCACGUCUUAUCAGCGGAGGACCGAGUGAGACACCAAGUUCUGCGUCGCAGAGCAGCCCGAGCGACGCAUCAAGAAAGUCCAGAUCUCCCACUUGA